AUGGCAAACUACGCCGACCGCUCCGAAACUGGCGAUAUGAAUCAACUACCAACCCAGCAACAUGCUUUGGGCAUUCCACGGCCUCCAUCAGUGGGAGGCAUCUCCUCCAGGGUUACGGAUAUGGCCUCCGAGGAUGGGGAGAACUCGCAAUCAUAUACAUCACCACCACCCCCGCCUCUUCAGCAACAGCGUAAUUCAGCCUCUCGACGUGGUCCACCCCCCACCAGAAACUCAGUGACAAGCAGACCAGGAAGCUCUGGCAGCCGGCUGAGUAGGACACAUAUCCCUUCCUUGACUGCCUCAGCAUUCUUUCGUCCAAUGAGUUCUCAACGACUACAAGCGCACCGAAGUACUCGACCAAUGACCAAGGGAACAGUAUCGUCGACCGACGAGUGGGGAGACCACACGAGCCAAAACAGACGAAGCUUGAUCUCGAACAGCACAUAUCAACAGGGAUCGCUCCCUCCAGUGGAUAUGGAGCCCCCGCCAUCACGUGGUACCGAAUUCACAGAUCCUAUCAUUCCUGAUCGCAAUACUUCAAACGCCAGCCCCAUAGGAAAUACAACAAUCCGAAGCCUAGGGGAGAGUGUGCGGCUUUUACGGGAUCGAGACCAGAACGGCAAAAAGCGUCCCGAAAAUUUGAAUCUGAAUGUGAACUACAGCGUGCACAACCCGCAUGAUGGGCCUCCAAAAUCACCAUUAUCAUUCUUACAGAACAAGGCGGCUGCUCAAAAUCCACAUGAUCCCCGGGGCCAUUCCAGGCUUUCCUCUGCUGGCUCUUCUCCGGGAGCUACAGAUAUAAAGAAGCAACAAUUCCCGAAGAGUAAUAUGGGCAAGAACUGGGAGUAUUUUGUUGGCAACACUUUUUUCUGUGGUGGAGGUCGAUUCCAGAACUCGAGAGAUAAACCGAUCAACAUUCUCACAGGAAUUCUGGUGGUCGUUCCAUCAGCCCUGUUCUUUGGAUUCUCAGCUCCUUGGUUAUGGCACAAUAUCUCCCCUGCCAUUCCCAUCGUUUUCGCAUACGUUUUUUACAUCUGCUUUUCGUCCUUUGUACAUGCAUCUGUUGUUGACCCUGGCAUCAUGCCUCGAAAUGCCCACCCUAUGCCUGCAACAAACCCUGCUAAUGACCCAUUGUCACUUGGACCACCAACAAAUGACUGGGUUAUGGUGAAGCUCGCUACCUCUGAGUCUGCAGCUAUGGAUGUUCCCGUCAAAUACUGCAAGACAUGCAGUAUCUGGCGGCCGCCUCGCUGCUAUCACUGCCGUGUGUGUGACAACUGUGUGGAGACACUCGAUCACCACUGUGUUUGGCUAAACAAUUGUGUUGGGCGCCGCAACUACCGUUAUUUCUUCGCUUUCGUCAGCUGGGGUACCUUAUUGGGGUUGUUCCUACUCGGUGCUAGCCUGGCACACAUUUUGGUUUACAUGUCGCGUGAGAAUAUUUCUUUCGGUGCUUCCAUUUCGAAAUGGCGAGUGCCAUUCGCAAUGUUUAUCUAUGGUGCUGUUGCCACCCCCUAUCCAUUAUCGCUUUGGAUUUAUCACUUGUUCCUGACCGGUCGGGGUGAAACUACCCGAGAGUAUCUCAACUCCCACAAGUUUGCUAAGGCCGAUCGCCACCGGCCAUUCACUCAGGGAAAUGUUUUGACGAACUGGAUCUCGAUCCUAGGACGGCCUCGUCCUCCUACCUACAUGCAAUUCAAGCAGCCAUACGAAGAGGGCGACCAGCGUUAUGCUAUGCAAAAGCGCAAGUAUCUCGUUCACCGUGACGUCGAGUCUCAGGCGGGGAUUGAGAUGCAAGAGGUUGGUCCCCAUCAAUAG